UUAGCUAAAAAUCUGGUGAAGAGUGUACUGACAACAGAGAAACAGAACUUCCUGCUGUUUGACAUGACGACACAUCCCCUCACCAAUAACAACAUUAAGCAGCGCCUCAUCAAGAAGGUACAGGAAGCCGUUCUCGACAAAUGGGUGAAUGACCCUCACCGCAUGGACAAGCGCCUGCUGGCCCUCAUCUACCUGGCCCACGCCUCGGAUGUCCUGGAGAAUGCCUUCGCUCCCCUGCUGGACGAGCAGUACAAUUUAGCCACCAAGCGGGUGCGGCAGCUCCUGGACUUGGAUCCUGAAGUGGAGUGUCUGAAGGCCAGCACCAAUGAGGUGCUAUGGGUGGUGGUGGCCGCCUUCACCAAGUAACUCAGUCCCGAACCA